AGGUAGUACAGCAGGACAGUUUGAAGAAAGAAGAGGCUGUAUCUCCAAGGUAACGGUGCUAGUCUGCACGAGGACCGACGUCAGAAGCCGCUUAUGAACUGUCAGUCUUGUCUUCUCCGGUGGAGCCUGAUACUGCUGUUGGAAUGGCGCGACCGGUGAUCCCUCCACUCAGCAUUCUUCCUACCGCCCCGGAAACCUUCUCUGUGCUGGAGCAGCGAAUGCGUGUAGCUGAAGAGCAAGCAGAAUCCCUGAUCAGUGACCUGCAGGCGCUGGGUCUUACCAGACAUCAAUUCACAAAAUUUAAAGUAGCAAAGUCUGCUGAACCGAUUCGUCCAAUCAGCCCAGUGAGGGCCCGGCCAGCGUUUACGGGAGAUGGUGAUACAUUGUGGAAAAACUGUGAAAAUCUUGUCACCCGCAUGUGUCAUAUGGAAAGCAUGCUACACACUUUGAAACUUAAUGUUUUCCGACUGCACACAGAUCGGGAAUUAAGCACAAAACACUCAGGUGAACUUGAGCAUCGUUUGCUUCAGAUGCAAGAAGAGCAUGCCCAAGAACUAAAAGAAGCACAGCUAGAAUUGAUGAGACUGCGGCAAAGGUUAAACUGUGCCAUUGAGGAGGGGGAAAGAGAACGGGAAGCCAAGGAGCGGCUGAGCGCCGCCCUCGAGAUUGCCACAACCACUAAGACUGACGUGGCUAUCGCAGCUGAGGAGCUAAAAGCUACAAAAGCUUGUAUGAGUCAAAGGCUAGCAAAGCUGCAAGACAAGUUAUCACAAGAAGCUGCUCUGCGGGCAUUGCUUGAGGAGGAGCAGGCGGCACUGCUUCAUACAGUGCAGGACAUGAACAAUGUUGUAGAAGAGGAGCGGACACAGGUUCAGGAGCUGCAGCAGUAUUGCCAGAAUAUAAACCGAGAAAGCAAAGAAAUGAAAGACAAACUAGAGAAUGCAGAAUCGAGGAGUCUGGAAGCUGAAAGGGACAAACAUCAGUUGCAGAGUGAAAUGGAGGCAAAGGACUCGCUUGUAAACCAGUUAUAUGAGGAAGUCAAGGUUAUUAAGCAGAAGUGUGAAGAAGAACAGGCUGAACUUGCACGGUUGCGAGCGGACUCUGUUGCUCUGCGGGAAGCUGCAGAAAAUGUUCAGUGUUUAAAUCAGCAGUUGGAGAAUCAAUGCUCAGAACUUACUGACACUGUGCAGAGACUGACCGACCAAAACCUACAUCUCGUGGCCCGACACCAGCAGGAACUCAAGGUAGCACAGGACACUAUGGCAAAAAAACUGCAAGAACAGGAAGCCGUGAUGACUGUUGUCCAGUCGAGCCUGGGUGGGGAAGUGCAGAAAAUGCUAAGUGGGCGAACACAGCUGGAGAGAGAACUGGAAUCACUCCGUACUGAGCACAGUAAGUGUAAGGAAAAAGCUGCACAUCUAGAGCAGAAAACCUCUGUGCAAGUGGAAAUGCAAGAGAACACCAUUGCUUGUCUGAGAUCUGAUCUGAACUCUGCCCUUCAGGAUAAGGCAGAAUUAGAAAAUGAAAAGUUACUGCUACAGGAUGAGCUUUAUAAGACUCUUGAUGAUUUCUUGGCGAAAAAACAAAACUUGGAAGUUCAGAUGACUGAAAACAAGCUGGAACAGGAGUUACUCCAGAGUUCUCUGUGGGUGCAAGAGCAAGAAAAUAAACGUCUUGUAGAACGCGUGGCAGCACUAGAGCAAGAACAGCAUGCAAAGAGACAGGUGGAGUUGUUGUUAAAUGAACUGACGGAUAGCAAGAACAAACUGGCUUAUGAAAAAGGGAAACUGCAGAGCACAGUAGAGCAGUUGCAGUCUGAUCUGCAGUCUUUUGGUGAUGUUCACUCUGAGAAUUCCAAACUCCGUCAGCUUAAUGCAGCCUUACAGGCCAGGUACACCCAGGUAAAUUCAGAACUUGACUCAAGCAAAAUUCAGCUACAGAGAUUAGAAGAAAAGUUCCAGCAGACUGAACACUUAUUACUUUGUAAAGAGGAAGAGCUCGCAUUAGCAGCUCAGGCCAGAAAUGAAGCCAUCAAAGAAGAGAGAAGACUCAAGCAGCAGAUUGUCACCUUAGAGGAGACGGAGGGGCACGCUAAAUCUGCCCUUCAGCAGCAACUGUCUAAGUUAUGUGAGGAGAGGACCAGAAUGUCUGAAACGUUAGAAAAUGUCUUGUCCUCUCAUGCCAAGCUCCAGAAACACCUAGAAAUACUGCAGACAGAAUUAGGACGGAAAGACAAUGACCUGUUAAGUUUCCACAAAGAUAGGGGUCGUAGCCGGAAACAGAUGGCGAAACUAAAAGCCGAGCUUUUAGAAUGCAACACAAGGCUACAUGCUGCAGAGCACCAGAGACGUGGAGAGGUAGAACCACUGCAGAAAUGUCUUGCAAUUGGUCAAGAGGAUAACCGAAAGCUUGCCCAAGCAUUGGACCUGGCUUUAAAAAGAAACUCUACUUUAGAAAAAGAGCUUGAAAACAAAGAAUUACACGAGAAGCAAUUGUUUCUGAACCAGACAAAAGCUGAGAAAGAUUACAUAAUUAAGCAAAAGCUAUUUGAGGAGCAGCUUCUAUCCUUAAAGAAACAGCACCACGUGGAGAUUAAGGAAGCAAAGAAAGCAGCAAGAAUGGAGGUUACAGAGCUGAAGAAAGCAUUGGACUGCGUCACUGCAAAAUCAACGGAGCUCUCACAAACAAACAGAGAAUUGAGAAACAGGGAAUCGAUGUUUCAUAAAGAGACUUUACACCAAAAUGACCUUAUUCGCAGCCUGAAAACACAGCUUCAGUCCUGCAUAGAAAAAAAAGGGACCAGAAAGCAAAAUGAAAGCAUACAAGAUCUAGAGGCCGAGCUGAAGCAUAUGAAGAACAUGAAGGAAUCUUAUGAGAAGAACAAUAAUGAACAGUGUAAGCGUAUUCAAGAAUUUCUGAAUGAAGUUGACAGUAUACGCAAAGAGAUUGAUGCAGCCACAACACAGGGCGCAAAGGAAUCAAACCUUCAGAGUCAGUUGGAGGAAGAGUUGACAUCCAGACAGAUGUUGGAGCAAAGGUGUAAGGAACUGGAAUGCAGAGUUCAGGAGCUACUAAAAGGGAAGUUAGGCACAGAAAGUUUAAGAGAUGCCAAUGAACAGUCUGAACAGGUCACAGUUAAUCUUAAGGAAGCCCACAGUUGGUUGAAGUCCAAUUUGGAUGAACUGCAGUUACAAAUGUUGAGGAACAAACAAAAGAAGGUGCGUAAGGAGUUUAACAAUUUGAAAAUGUCACCAUACUUUCCUACCUCUACUCUGGAACACUGGGAGACCAAACAGAAGCUCCAGCUGAUUUCCAGGAAUUUGCUGCUUGAAGAUAAAACCACCUGAAAUUAUGAAGAAAUAUUCCUAUGAUCAGUGCUGCUAAAAGUUUUCACUAAUUUCACGUAUUAUGUCUGUACAUUGUGAUACUUUCAUACGUGGCAGAUUUUGUUGCAGAAAAUGUACGGAACUAAUAAUUGGUUCAUUUGAUCUGAAAGGGAUUGCUUGGCAGCAGGCACAUGGAUUUCUGCAAUUCCCAUUCAAAUGAAUGGAACUAAUUUUUAGUUGAAGAAAUUUAUACAACAAAAAAUGCCUCAUGUGAAGGCACCCUAAAUGUUCUAUUUUUCUAUUAAAAUUCACAUUGUCUUCUCUUCUUGCUGAUUUUACUUUCAGCUAUUUAUAAAAUGAGGGUUGAUUAACUGGCUGGAUAGUCUGUUAUAGUGUCAUCAGGGAUGGACAUGUUGUCUGUGCGGCACAUUCAGCCCACUGUGCAUGGAAAUGUUUAAGAGGCCUGUACAUAGCGUAUACAAGUUAACUCUCAGUAAAUGAUGCUUGUUAGUAUUGCUUAAUACAUCUUUAAAGUUUAAACUAGGUAAAGAUGCUGCCAGUAGGACCUCCACCUGUAUGCUACAGUCACCAAUGUUGCUGUACUGCUAGAGAAGCAAUGAGGGAGUCAGGAGCUGGUUAACAAUGGUCUGAAACAAUUUAUUUUAUUUUAUUUUUUCUGCUGCCUGUAUCCCUGAAGGACCUUAUGUUCGAGGAUUACCUUGCCUAACAUUUGCUUAACUCCUUCCGGCAUUGUCACAUACUUGUACAUCAUGGAAAUGGGUCAGUUUCCUUCAUUCCAGCUAACAUGUGAUGGUGAUCGCACAGGGAUGCCGACACCUGUGUUUAAUAGCCAUUUUCCAGCGCUAACUCUGGAGAGAACUAUUUAACCUUUUUGCACUGCUAUCAGUGUAGAUCUUAGUGCUGACAAAGGGAGGGGGAUCCUUUUGGUCUGUCCUUGUCUGUCUCAGCAACACGAUUGGUGGGGCUGACUGGGAAAUUGUUACAGCCCUGGGCCUAAUAAAGGAAAAUAGGACUGUUUAGUCCUUUAGUUUAUGUUAGGGAAAACACUAAGCAAGGAUAAGGGAAUAUCUUUCCUUCAACCUUCCGGAUGUUCCUUAGAUCCUUUUGUGCCCAGGGAGGAUGAUCUAGAUCAGGCAUGCUCAACCUGCGGCCCUCCAUCUGUUGUAAAACUACAACUCCCACAAUGCCCUGCUGUAGGCUGAUAGCUAUAGGCUGUUCAGGCAUGCUGGGAGUUGUAGUUUUGCAACAACUGGAGAGACGCAGGUUUAGCAUGCCUGAUCUAGAUCCUUGAAAUUUUCAUGCAGGCAGGUGGCGCCAAGUUUGCCAAAAGAAAGAUAAUACUCCUUCCU